AUGCACCUGGACGUUGGUUCCAGCCCCAAUACACCGAAGAAAGAAGAAGAAGAAGAAGAACUGAUUCAGGAACAUCCUCCGGGACCGGAUCCGCUGUUACCGGGCUGUUACCGGAUCCGCUGUUACCGGUCUGUCACCGGGCUGUUACCGGGCUGUUACCGGAUCCGCUGUUACCGGUCUGUAACCGGAUCCGCUGUUACCGGGCUGUUACCGGACUCUUCCCCUGGACCCGGGCCUCUACCGGCCGCUGCCGCCGUCUCUCGCCCCGGGUUGAGACGCUGCUCGCGGGGGAGACCAUGUCCUGAUGAGAGGCUCGAGUCCGGAGGGGACCGGACCACGGACCGGACCAGGGACCGGACCACGGACCGGACCGGCGGAGGCUCAGCUGCUCGGGCCGGAGGGAGGAUGGAGCUCGGCCGGGUCCUGGUCCUCUUCCUGCUGGCUGUGACCGUGAGCUGCUCCGGGACCUGCCGGCACCGAGUCCCGGCUCCGGACCAGGUCGUCCACCAUGUUCACCUGAAGCCUGAGCGCUUGACCAAGAGAAGCUCGCCUGACGACCUUCAGCUGAAGAUCAAGAUCAUCUACGACCACAGCGUCGACCAGCUUCCUGCAGACAAGAGGAGACUGGUGAAGGAUAAGCUGUUUCCUCAGGCCAUUGACUUCCUGCAGAGGGCGUUCAGUGUGAGGAAGAGGGCGGGGCCUGUGCUGCUCAGCAGACAAUGCUCCACCAGCCAGUACCUGAGGAAGAGAGACGACCCUCACCGCUACUGCCAGGACGCCUGUGCAGACGUCACCCGCUGCGGCCCCGUGGUCGUGCCACAGCACCACCUGCAGCAGUGUAAAGUGUGCAGUGAGUCUGGGAGGUCCUGUGGCCCCUCAGGCCCCCCCGACGGCCCCGGGGUGGGCGGGUCUGACUUCGUGCUGUACGUCAGCGGCGUCCCCACCGAGCGCUGCGGACAGGAGAACAUCGUGGCCUACGCCGCCUACUGCCAGCUGGAGGCGGAGCUAGACAGGCCUAUAGCCGGCUACGCCAACCUGUGUCCGGCCAUGAUCUCGUCUCAGCCUCAGGAGUUCCAGGGGAUGCUCUCCACCGUCAAGCACGAGAUCAUUCACGCUCUGGGGUUCUCAGCCGGUCUGUUCGCCUUCUACCACGACGACCACGGGAAACCUCUGACCCCCCGCUUCGCCAGCGGCCUGCCGGCGUUCAACGAGAGCCUGGGCCUGUACCAGUGGAGUGAGGCGGUGAUCAGGACGGUGAGCAGACUGUGGGACAUCAGAGGAGGAGUGAUGGUGCGACACCAGGUCCACGUCCUGGUCACGCCCCGUGUUGUGGCGGAGGCCAGGAGACACUUCAACUGUCCCAUCCUGGAGGGCAUGGAGCUGGAGAACCAGGGCGGGACUGGGACUGAGCUGAACCACUGGGAGAAGAGGCUUCUGGAGAACGAGGCCAUGACGGGCUCACACACACAGAACCGGGUGUUCUCCCGGCUGACGCUGGCCAUCAUGGAGGACAGCGGCUGGUACCGGGCCAACUACAGCCUGGCUCAGAGGCUGGACUGGGGGCGUGGCCUCGGCUGCGACUUCGUCAUGAAGAGCUGCAAGUUCUGGAUGGACAGACAGAGACAAAGGCGUCACGCGGUGACUCCGUUCUGUGACACGGUGCGAGCGUCUCCGCUGCAGCUCACCUGCCGACAGGACCAGCUCGCCGUGGCCGUGUGCAACCUGCAGCGGUACGAGCAGGAGCUGCCGCUGGACUACCAGUAUUUUGAUCAGAUCCCUGACGUGGCUCCCGAUCAGCUGUCGUUCUUCGGGGGGGCGGUGGAGAUCGCAGACUUCUGUCCCUUCAGUCAGGAGUUCAGUUGGCACCUGAGUGGAGAGUACCAGAGGAACUCGUACUGCCGCGUGUCGGAGAACCAGCCAGACUGGUGGAGGAACUACGGAGCGGAGCAGUACGGCCCGGACUCUGUGUGUCUGAACCAGAAGUCGGCCUUCGUCAUGGAGCAGUGCACCAGGAAGAUGACCUACCCGGACUGGGGCUCCGGGUGCUACAAGGUGUGGUGCUCGUCCCAGGGCCUGACGGUGCUGGUGCAGGACCGAUCCUUCCUCUGCGUCCGUAAAGCUCAGCUGCUCAGCGUCAGCGUCCGGGUCAACGACUGGGUUUACAACGGCGUGCUGGUCUGUCCCGCCUGCGCCGACUUCUGUGACGACUGUCCUCUGCCUCACCAGCUCCCGCCCGCCAACGCCUCCAGGUCCAACCCCAUCGACCCGUGCUCCAGCUCUCCAGGUCUGGCCAUCACUCUGUGGCUCCUGCUGCUCAACCUGCUCCCCCUGGUGGCUGGACUGCUGCUGUGCCACUGCAGAUGAUUAACACAGCUGUUCCCUCAUCCUUUCAUUCUUUAUCCGUUUCUUUUCCUCCAUCAUUCCUCCUCUGGACAUCUCUCCGUUCCUCUUCUCCGAAGCCAGAGGAAGCUAGGUGUUCGUCCCCCGGUCAGACGUCUCGUUGCUGAAGCUCCGGUUCUGUUUCUCUUCAGGUU